AUGCCCAAAGCAUCCCUGCUGCUGUGUGUUGCCCUGGUGCUACUUGGGCUUGUGCAUGGAGCCACACUGAGAAACAAGGAGAAAUGGAAGUCACUGAACAACCCCAGAAACAGAGAUCUGUUUUUCAGAACCCUUCAGGCAUAUUUUAAGGGACGAGGUCUCGAUCUCGGGAGGUUUCCAAACACUUUCUCCAUGAACGAGAAUCCUAGAGCUCUCACUUUCCAAUCAGAACUUCUUGCCUCUGCAUUUGCAGAUUAUGAAGAGGAGAAAAACUCCUUUCCCAAAUACCUCAAAGGCUGA